GCGCCCGUGCAUGCUCCGCUAGGCCAGGAGCCCAGGCGCGCGCGCGAGCCGCUGCCGCCGCAGUGUGCGCGAGCCCACGGGCCUCUCAGGGAGUCGGCCGCCUCGACUUCUUCGAGCCGCUGGGGCAGCGCGAGCGCUCUGUCGCCUGUGGCUGCGGAAGCCGCCCCGCGGGCGGUUUCGCGCGCCGAAGAGUCCGGCCUCGGGGUCGGCCGGCGCGCCAGCGGCGACCUCCACCCCUCCCCACCCGCUCCCAGCGGGGCGCUUCGCACCAUUUUUUUUGUCUCUGGCGCAAAGUUGCCACACCAUUGAUCUCCGCUUGUAUCAGUACGCAGGCGAUGUCCUUCGUCGCCGAGCGGAGGCGCUCCGGUAGCACCGAGCCCGGGG